UAAAACACGUUCACACGAAACAAAUGACUCUCUCUCUCUCUCCUCUUUGCUGCAGUUAGAAGCAUUCUCGCAGAUGAGAGUUUUGCAUUUUCUCUCUCUACUUUCUCUCUCUAGCUACUAGUCUGCCAAAACGGUUUGUGGGGGAGAAUUUGGCUUUAGGGUUUGGUGGUUGCAGUAGCAGAGAGCUGCUACUCUGUUUUUUAUCUGCAGAAUUUGAGUGCUUUGACUUGGAUUUAGAGUUGGGUUUGGUUCUAAUUUUGCUGGUUGAAAUCUGAAAUGGAGAGAGACUUCUUGGGUUUGAAUUCUAAAGAUUCUGUAGUUGUUGUGAAGGAAGAGGCUGUUGAAGGAUGUAAAGACUCAGCAUUUUCAAAGGGUUCAGGAGUUCAGUGGCCCUUGUCAAACAAGGUUUCGGCCCUUCCUCAUUUCAUGUCCUUUAAGGUUGCUCAAGAUGAAAUGAAGCCAAAGGUGAUGUCUGACCCACUUGCUGCUUCUGGAUUCAUGUCUAUAUCAACUGCAGAUGCAUUUGACACCACUCGCAAACACCGCUCUGGUGAAACCCAGAAAGUUCAUGAUGGACAAGGUGGCGUUCAUUUUUCAAUGACAAAUUAUCCUGUGCAACACAAUGCGCUUCCGAUGCAUUUUUCUCAUGAUGUUAAGAUGCUUCCAGCUGCAAAUUCCAUGAGCAACCCUUUCUUCAAAACCCAUUUUUCUGGUGCUGCUCAGAACUUUGCAGGUGCAACUAUGAAGCAACAAUUACUUGGCGGGAUCCCUGUUACGGCACCACAUCCAAUGAUUUCUUCUCUUGCUUCUGUUGCAGGAACCACUGAACCAUGGUUAAAUUCCAAGUCCUCUGAGGCUCCUCCUCAAUUGACCAUCUUCUAUGCGGGAACAGUGAAUGUGUAUAAUGAUAUCUCUCCUGAGAAGGCUCAGGCUAUUAUGUUCUUGGCUGGAAAUGGGGCUUCUAACAAGGCACAACCAAGAGCUCAGGUUCAGGUCCCUACCUCCAAGCAGACUGGGGGAGAUGGUGUUCUUGGCAAUCAGCCCACUAUUAAUACUCCACCCAACUCUGGCCUUUCCAGCCCUAUCUCUGUUUCUUCACAUCCAGUUGGUCAGUCUGGUAACGGGCUUACUGCCAAUGGUGAAAUGAUGGCAGCCAAACCAAAUGGGGUUUCAACCACUCCGCUUAGCAAAAUUGACCCUCCGAAGAUUGGACCUCUUGCUGCAAAUACCAUGAUACCAUCAGCCAUUCCACAGUCCCGCAAAGCAUCCUUGGCUCGUUUCCUUGAGAAGCGCAAAGAAAGGGCACUGAACUCAGCACCCUACAACGUCAGCGUCAAAUCUCCCGAGUGUGCCACUCCAGGAUCCACCUAAGUUUUUGUGCAGGCGGUGCCGGUCCUCGUCAUGAUGUCAGAGGGCCAAUUAUCAAUUUAUGUAGUAAGAUGUAGUAGAUGUAACUGAAAUGGGUUUUGUUGUCCUACUUUAUUAUCUUUUAUGAUCCCAACUUGUUAGACCUUCAAUCUUAACUAAGUUUGUUUUUAUAUGAAGUUGUUCACUAGUGUGUUAAUUCAUUGGUCUCUUUUCUGAAUAUGUAGUCAGGUUGUAUUCAAACAUUUUAAUACACUGUAAUAUUAGGGAAUGUAUGUGUAAUUCAGAACAAGCUUGCUCUUA